UCUGGUCUGGCCCACCUGGUCCCACCGUCUGCCUCUCCCUUCCUCGAUCCAACACGACUCCGCCGCGCUCCUCUCUCUCUCUCUCUCUCUCCGCACACACUGGUAGCUCUUUCCCGGCUUCUCCACCCCUUCUCCUCCUGCGUUUCCCCGUUCCGCAACAAAAGGAGGGAGAAGAAAUUCAUCUCUUUCCACUUUCCUUCAGGUAAUCCCAUUUCCCCCCUUAAUCGCGUGAUGCAACUGUUUCCCUGUUUGAUGUUGGCGUGUCACUGACUAUGGGGGGCCUAUGGGACUACGCUUCCGAACGUUGCUUCCACUUCUUCCCCUGCCUCUCCGAUCCCGCUCGGAGAUCUGCGCUUUGUUUGAGAGCGGCUCUGGUGGCGUUGCAUCUGAUCUACGUCGGCCUUCUCUUCCUUUUCGAUGGGGAUUUGAUUGACAGAACCAGGCGGCAACCAUGGUACACAGCCUUAUAUUUGCUGUUGUUUGUCGCUACACUGGCUCAAUACUUCUUGACCGCUUGUUCUUCUCCUGGCUACGUACUUGAUGCAAUGAAGGUUGCUAAUGAGAGAGAUGCCUUAUUCAGAAAGGCAACAAUGACAUCAAAACAACCUGCUUCAAGCAAAAAUGGCAGCUUUGUUGUUACUGUGGAAGGCAACCAAGUGGGAAGAAAUCUUCUAGGGAGUAAUGCAACAUCAUGGACAAAGCUGGUAAUGGAGAUGUACCCUCCUGGAUCAUCUGUUAGAUCUUAUACUUGCACUUACUGUAACGUUGUGCAGCCCCCAAGAGCGAAGCAUUGUAAUGAUUGUGACAAAUGCGUUCUUCAGUUUGAUCACCAUUGUUUGUGGCUUGGGACAUGCAUAGGCCAGGCUAACCACUGUCGAUUUUGGUGGUACAUUUGUGAGGAAACAGCAUUGUGCCUUUGGACCUGUAUGUUGUACAUUACAUACCUAAAGAUCAAUAUAUCGAAGGCAUGGUGGAUAGAUGUAAUCAUGAUCGCGCUAUUAGUGACAUUAUCUAUUUCCCUUAUCUUUCUGGUCCUCCUCCUCCUUUUCCAUAGCUAUCUUGUCCUAACGAACCAAACAACAUAUGAACUUGUAAGACGACGGCGCAUCUCAUAUCUAAGGGGAAUUCCUGAAAGAGUGUAUCCAUUCAGUAAAGGAACAUGCAGAAAUCUGUCCAACUUUUGCUGUGAUUGGAGCGGCUUAUACAAGCUAGAACCGCUUCCAACAGCUCAAGAGCUUGAAGAAAAAGCAAAACCUUACACAUGCAUCGAUGUUUUAUGUUGUCGCUGCUGUUGCUGAUAGUUUUGCUCAUUGUUUCGUCCAUCGACAUUAGAAAAUUUUCACCAGCAUAGUAUAUGGUGAUCCUCGUGUAGAAUCGAUUUGUUUGUUCUGUUGACUCUGAGUAGAUGGGUAUCCAAAAUGUGUGUUGGAAAAUUUCCCACACCAAUUUUACUUUGUAUUGCCUUGUUCAGAAACGUUCAACCAUGACAGUUGUGAACUAUUGAUUAAUCCUAAUGACACCAAAGGUUCGACAAA